UCUGAAGUGUUUAUUCUGGGAGCUCCUGUCUCCCGCCUGAAAGGCCUUCACCUCUCCUCCCUUUUCACUCAAAUCCUGCUUCCCCAGUAGGAUCCAAUCUGUGGGGCAAGCCAGGCGCUGGAGAGAGAAUGAGCGAAGGGCUUUUGGAGGCUCCAGCCUAGGGCCAAGGAAUGGAGGCUCACCUGAGUGCAGGUUAGGCAGGUGAAGUGUCUCCCCGGAAACCGAGCUAGAGUGCCCCACCUGCUCAGCCCUGCCUUCUCAGAUCGGAUCCAGCACGUCCAGGCUUCUCAGAAAUCGUGGAGGAGGAUGGCAUGAGGGAAUGGCGAGUGUGGAGAAGAGCAAGGGGAGCAGAAAGACCACUCCCCGCCAGGAACCAGCGGUGACAGCUGAGGCCAUGUGAGUAGGAUCCUGAAUGAGGCUUUAUCUCUGGCUGUUGGUCCCAUCGUCCACCGUGGCACCAGCUCCCUCAGCCAGCCGGGAUGGGACCAGCGACUGAGACAGCCAGAGGCAGAGAGGUGAGGGUGACUAUAUCCUGGACUGUGAGAGGAAUGGGACUCUGGGCCUGUAGCUGCCAAGCAGGUGGCAGGUGCUCCAGGCUGUGAUCUGCACCCGCUGACCCCUGACGCUGACCUACCCUGACCUCUGCCUGACCAAGCCAUGUCUGAACAGCAGGCUCAAGCCCCAGGGGGCCGGGGGCUGCCCCCGGACAUGCUGGCAGAGCAAGUGGAGCUGUGGUGGUCCCAGCAGCCACGGCGCUCGGCGCUCUGCUUUGUCGUGGCGGUGGGCCUCGUGGCAGGCUGUGGGGCGGGCGGUGUGGCACUGCUGUCAACCACCAGCAGCCGCUCAGGUGAAUGGCGGCUAGCAACGGGCACUGUGCUCUGUCUGCUGGCUCUGCUGGUUCUGGUGAAACAGCUGAUGAGCUCAGCUGUGCAGGACAUGAACUGCAUCCGCCAGGCCCACCAUGUGGCCCUCCUGCGCAGUGGUGGAGGGGCCGAUGCCCUCGUGGUGCUGCUGAGUGGCCUCGUGCUGCUGGUCACUGGCCUGACUCUGGCCGGGCUGGCCGCUGCCCCUGCCCCUGCUCGGCCGCUGGCCGCCAUGCUGUCUGUGGGCAUUGCUCUGGCUGCCUUGGGCUCGCUUUUGCUGCUGGGCCUGCUGCUAUAUCAAGUGGGCGUGAGCGGACACUGCCCCUCCAUCUGUAUGCCCACCUCCUCCACCCACAGUGGCCAUGGCAGCCAUAGCAGCAUCUUCAGCAUCUCAGGACAGUUGUCUGCUGGCCGGCGUCACGAGACCACAUCCAGCAUCGCCAGCCUCAUCUGACAGAGCCAGAGCCCUUCUUCCCACACCAGCCUCAGCGUCCCCAGAGCCGAGCCAGGGUGUGAGUGCAUGUGGAUGCUGAGUAUACGUGAGUGCAUGUGUGCCCCCAGGCUGGGUCAGCUCUUCUGUGGAUUGCAGAAGAGUGGUGCAAUGUGAUUAACAGCCCAUGUGUUCCUACACAUCCACAUCAUGGGAAGGUUCAUGCGUGCCUCCUUGGAACUGGGUGUUUGUGUCCAUGGAACUUCCUGUCUGUAUCUCAGGUCAGUAGACGCAGAUGAAGACUCUCAAGCCCCAUUUCCAAAACCCCUCAAAUCCAAUCCUGUCCUGUAACAUCCAUCAAAGAUUUCCAUAGGGGUGACUGGUGUCCACCCAAGACUGCAUCAGUGCCUGCUCAUUGAGGAGAGUAACUGCUGCCAGGCAGAAAGAAUAUGGGCUGUGCAAUGAGACAGACCUGGCGGGGACUCCCCCGUUGAGCACUAGCAGCUGGAGGAGUUGGGAGUAUGUGGCUAUCAUGGUUGUGUUCAUCGAUUGUGGGGAUGAAAUGUCAUUGUGCAUGGAAGGCGGGGCUCGUGGCUGAUGUGCAAUAAAAUGGCGGCUGCUGUUGUCAUUGUCUCCA